UAAAAUUUAUUCGAAAACAAGAAAAUCUAUCUACAAUUUAAGAUCUAUUAUUAGAAUUAUUUAGUCGUUUGGGUGAUAUUCGUAUUCUUCACAAUCGCCGGAAUCUGGUGAUUGUGAAGUUGCGAGGUUGUCAUCCCGCACCCGUCACUUUGCUGUCAAUUUCCCGCCUUCUACCAAAACAUGGCUGUGUCCCCAAAAUCGCUAAAAUGCAAAAUAGGACCAUCGAUUCUCAACGCCGAUCUAUCUCAACUCUUCCUGGAGUCCCAGCGCCUCCUCGACAACGGUGCCGACUACCUCCACCUCGACGUCAUGGACGGCCACUUCGUUCCUAACCUCACAAUCGGCCACCCGGUUGUCAAAUGCCUCCGGAACAAAAUCCGACACGCGUUCUUCGAAACCCACAUGAUGGUCUCGGAGCCCGCAAAAUGGGUCGAACCCAUGGCCGACGCCGGCGUCAAUCAGUACACAUUCCACAUCGAACCCGUCAAGGAAGUCAUCCCUCUGUGCCGGAAAAUCCGCGAGGCGGGCAUGACGGUGGGGCUGGCGCUGAAGCCCGGGACCGGAAUCGAGGCGGUGCGCCAGUACAUCGACCACGCCGACAUGAUUUUAAUCAUGACGGUGGAGCCGGGCUUCGGGGGGCAGCAGUUCAUGACGGACAUGAUGCCUAAAGUGCAGUGGCUGCGACACAACUAUCCGGGGCUGGAUAUAGAGGUGGACGGGGGCGUCGGCCUAAACACGAUAACGGCGUGUGCAGAGGCGGGGGCCAACAUGAUCGUGGCGGGGACCGCAGUUAUCAACUCUAGCGACCAAAGGGCUGUAAUGGCGAACCUAAGGGAAACCGUAGAACGCUCAAUUCAUAAAUGCAACGUUUAAGGCUGCCAUUUGUGAUUCACUUUUUUCGGAAAUGGUGUCAAAUUGUUAUUAUCGUUGGUUUUUUUUGGUUGACAUUCCGUGGUAUUUUUAUUAUAAAUUUUAAUAAUAAAUGAUUGUUGGAUGAAACAUAA